AUGGAGCUGCUGUGGUUCAUGCUCGGCACGCUCGCCGUGGCCGCCGCCGUCGCCGGCGCGCUCUGCCUCUUAGGCACACCGUCGGCCUCCGCGUCGGCCUCCGCGUUGGCCACCGCGAGCGUUCGAACUGGUGCUGGUGGCGGCAAGCCGGGGAAUGGCCGCAGCUAUCCUCGCGCGCGCGCGGCCACCGUGCCCGUCCGGUGCGACCCUGGCGGCCGCCUCGCGGUCCUGCUCGUGCGCUCGCGGAACCAUCCCGAGUCGUUUGUCUUUCCGGGCGGCGGGAUUGAGCCUGGCGAGAGCGAGCAGGAGGCGGCUCGGCGGGAGACGGAGGAGGAGGCGGGUGUGGUCGGCCGGAUCGGGCGCAGGCUGGGCAGCCACUCGGACGAGCGGCGCAACACCACUGCCCUCUUCGUGCUGCACGCGGGCGAGCGCGGCAACCGGCAGUGGCACUCGCUCGGCGUCGUCGGCACGCGCGCCUCCGAGGCAGAGCGCGAGGAGCUUGCUACCCGCGCAGGUCGGGCGGAGAUUGCCGAUGCGCCCGCGCCGGCGAGGAGGAGGUGGCCGUCGUGUCCACACUUUUGCCCGGACUCGUUCAUCGGCGACGGCUACUGCGACCAGACCUGCAAUUCGGCAGCAUGCCUCUACGAUGGCGGCGACUGCGGACAUGACGGCGGGUUCGAGCCGUACACGUGCUCUGGGUGCACUGCUCUCGGCUACGUCUGGUGCCCAGGGGCGGCGCUUUGCUACGCCCAGCCCUCCGUCUCGCGACCAGGCGACAGCGACAUGUGCCCCUACUCUGCGUGGGUCAACAGCAGUGGCUGUGACAGCAAGUACGAGUCCAUCUCAGACCCUCUGUACGAGCCCAACCAGUGGGCGUAUGACUUGAUCAACGUGGAGCCGGUGUGGGCCUCGGGCGUCACCGGCGCGGGCGUCACUAUCAAUAUCGUCGAUCUCGGGCCAGACCACACGCACCCGGACUUUGAGUACAAGUACGACUCGGAGGCAUCUUGCCCACGGUCGGAGAUCAACAUUGACAACCACGGCACAACGUGCGCAGCAAUCGCGUUGGCCUCGGCAAACAACGAGUGCUCCCGCGGGGUCGCGUACGACGCGAACCUCUCCAAGUGCUCCUUCCGUGAGAAUUCGCUCGAGGAGAUGAUGUCGCUGCACUCACCAUACGCACUCGAGACCAAUAUGAUCUCGUCCAACUCUUGGGGCGUAGUUCCAUGCUCCGAACUGGACGUCGAACGACGAUCGCGGUUUCGGAGACUGCAGACGUGCCCCUUCGCGCCGGUAGCAGUCGUCGGCACCAGCCCAUGCGACAGCUGCACCGACUCCUGGUUGCCUGGCUCAUGCGACUCCACCAUCCUGGAGUACUGCACGAACCCCUACAACUACGAGGCGGACGAAGAGUGCGCAGAAUGGACGCAUCUGUGGACGGAGUGCAGCUUCCAGCACCUAAACCCUCUUCAAGUCACCUACUUCAUGCGGGGUGUGCACUCGGGCCGGAGCGGCCUUGGCAUUGUCUACGUCUUUGCGGCUGGCAAUGGCCACGGAGAAGGCGACGAUGUCAACCACCAGCUUUUCCAGCAUGAUCGAUUCACCAUCUCCGUCGGGGCGACCGACAAGCGCGGCCGCCACAGCUACUACUCGACCACGGGCGCCUCGCUCUUUAUCAGCGCUCCGGGUGGCGACGCCGGCGACCACACAAAUUCGUGGUUCGUCGCGAGCAACGGCGGUGGCUGCGCAGCACAAAGCCAAGGGACGUCGUACGCGUGCCCAGUCGUGUCCGGCGUCGUGGCGCUCAUGCUCGAGGCGGCGCCGCACCUCACGCACCGCGACGUGCAGGGCGUGCUCGCGGAGACGUCCUACGUGACAGACCCCGACGACGAGGGCUGGACCACCAACGCGGCAGGCUACCACCACAACGUCAAGUUUGGAUUUGGGAUGGUGGAUGCCAACGCCGCAGUGAUGGCGGCGCGAUCGUGGACAAAGUGGACAGAGGAGUCGCUCGUCAAAGCGCACGGGCUGGGCGAGUUUCGGCUUCCCGUCACGACCGAAGGGUGCGUUUGCAGGCAGGCGUGGGUCCACCACCCGCAUGACCCGGUGAGCAACUUCUGCGGCAACCCUGGUGGGGAUGCUCGAGAGUGGUGCUUUGUGACUGAUCCGACUUGCCAGGGAGCCACUUGGGGCUACUGCGCCGACGCGGCACCUCUCCCAGUCGUCGUUCCCCACGACGGCACCACGCUGGCCCGCACGGUGGAGGUUGACGCCCCGAGCCCCGACUUCUUCACCGAGUGGGUGGAGGUAUAUCUCUUCCUCGACCACACCUCGCGGGGCGACCUUCAGGUUGAGCUCACGUCACCAUCCGGCACCCGCUCGGUCUUGAUGCCGGGCCCGCGCCCGGAGGAUGAGAACCCCGCGCCACUCGAGUGCUCCCCCGCAACCGACACGUGCUCGACUCGGAACGACGGCGUCUGCGACAACCCCAGCACCUGCGCCUGCGACUACAACGAUUGCGAGGAGGCCGGGUGGAUUGGAGCAGGUGGGGCCGGCCCAUCGCUCCGCCACCCGACCUUCAACUGGAAGAUGACGACGGUGCGGGCUUGGGGAGAGGUCCCAGACGGCACGUGGACGCUGAGCGUGACCGACACCAAGCCAGACUCGGUGGCCGUCGCCUUCUACGCCGCCGUCGCCGCCACCCUCAGCGUCUCCCUCGCCGCCACCCUCGGCGUCGCCCUCGCCAUCGUCAGCUUCAAAGCCGCAGCCGUGGCUAGCUUGGGCGUGGGGGCCUCCCUCCUCGGCGUUGGCUACUGCAUCUACUCCAAGAAGGCGGGACGCCGCCGCGCUCGAGUCUCAGCGGUGGUCAAGAUGGAGCAAGGAGGCGCGCCGGCGAGUAAAGUACUCACGGAGCGAACUUGAACACCAUCGCCGGGCAGCUCCUGUUCGGCUGCGGCAUGCACAUGCGGUUGAGUACCCUCCCAGCACCCCACUCAGUACUCCAUACCUGCCAACCCGGCAUCAGUGUGUGUGCAUUCUACGUAUGAGAGAGGGUGCUUACGUUGUACCUUGUACGUGCCAUGGAUCC